GAGAGGCCGGAGGGUGGGAAAGCGGCCGGCGGCGGAGGGCGGCGCCGAAGGAGGGCGGCGCGCGGUGACUCAUCCCUCUGGAAGAUCAGACACGCUCGCUGAGCCCGCCCGCCCGCCCGUACCGCCGCUCCUCAACCGGGAGGUGCACGCCCGCUCGCACCGCCCUCCCCGCUCCGAGCUCCCGGCACGGCUGCCGCACAGAAAGUUUUUCCGGGCUCAGGGCCUGCGGGAAGCGGGGCGGGCACGGCAAGGGAGGCGGUUGCUGUGCGGGCCCGCCGAGUGCAUGGUGCCCGGUGCCCGGGCCGUGCGUCUGGAGGAGCCAGGGCGGGGCGGGGCUGAGCCCAGCGCCUGAGCCUCUGUCCAGCUGCGUCCGAAGCCAGGGACUGUCCCGGUGGUCGCGCUCCAACGCCAUGUCCCGGCUGCUGCCGCUGCUGGGGAGCCGGACGGUGCGCAGCCUGAGGCCGGGCCCUGCCGCCGCGCCACGCCCGCCGUCCUGGUGCGGCUGCGGCCGGGGACUGCUGGCGCUCGGGGUCCCCGGCGGUCCCCGGCUCCUGGGCACCCACCCCAAGAAGGAGCCCAUGGAGGCGUUGAACACUGCGCAAGGCGCGCGCGAUUUCAUCUACAGUCUGCACUCCACCGAGAGGAGCUGCUUGCUCAAAGAGCUGCACCGCUUCGAGUCCAUUGCCAUCGCCCAAGAGAAAUUGGAAGCUCAACCACCCACUCCAGGACAGCUGAGAUAUGUAUUCUUCCACAAUGCGAUACCUUUCAUAGGGUUUGGCUUUUUGGAUAAUGCAAUUAUGAUUGUUGCAGGAACCCAGAUUGAAUUGUCUAUUGGGAUUAUCUUGGGAAUUUCAACAAUGGCAGCUGCUGCUUUGGGAAAUCUUGUUUCAGAUUUAGCUGGACUUGGCCUUGCAGGUUAUGUUGAGGCCUUGGCUUCCAGGUUAGGCCUAUCAAUUCCUGAUCUCACACCAAAGCAAGUUGACAUGUGGCAGACGCGUGUUAGCACACAUCUGGGCAAGGCUGUUGGGGUGACUAUUGGCUGCAUUCUAGGAAUGUUCCCUUUGUUUUUCUUUGGAGGAGGCGAAGAAGAUGAAAAACUGGAAACGACAAAUUAAUCAUCUUAGAAUCCCUAUAAAAAGUUGUAAACUAAUGUACCUCAGUCAUUAACAAAUACUGUCACAGCAUUUAGUGAUGAGGACAGUGACAGUGUAUAGAUACGGGAUCAAGUACUUCAGCAUGUAUUGUGGAAACACUAACUUAUUGUGGCUUGGUCUUCUUAAGAUAUCUUUUUAAAAACCAUUUAGUAUAUCAUUUUAUGUAAAUUGUUGAGAUGCUUUUCAUCAAUGGCAGUCAUGUUAUCUUUCCCUUUUCUCUGUGUAUCAACAUAUUAUUUAACUUUUAGUCAUUGAUACUGUACUGUACUGACUUGGGAUUUGCUUAUUUGUUAUGUAUCAUGUACAUGCAUGGAAAUAUCUAUUUAUGUUUUUUUUCCUUGAUGAUCAUAAUUCAAAGCUAGGGUUUCUUCAAAUUAUGUAAGGUGUUUAACAUCAGUUAAAUUUUGACUCCCUGCCUGGAGGCAUCACAUCUGUGCUGUUUCACAGUAAACAUUUACAAUCAUAUACACAUUUAUAAUCCUAUACUUUCACUCGUUUUUGAAGCUUUCGCAUCUGUUCAAAAUGAAUACAGACUUUAGGUGUUUUAAGUAUAUCCGGUUCUUUUUAAUUUUGAGCCACAUUGUCUUAAGGGCCAGAGGCCAAUCAGAAAGAUUGACUCUCUGGCCUUCCUUUUACACACACCGUACAUGCUAACAAGUGUACUUAUUUUUAGCCGACUUUUUACCUUUGAUUUCCCAACCUUGAAUAAUCGUUCAGUGAGUUUUGGUUUAUGAGGGAAAGACGGUGCUUCAAUGCUUACCGUCUUUAAAGUAGGGAUUAAGAAAUUAGGGUGAACUGAAGAAUUUAAGAUGACAUUUGAAAACUAUGCUAAUUUCCCUUUCUUUUUAAGGGAAAUAGGAAAUGGAAACUUUAAGGAGGUUUAUGGAGGAAGCAGCAGGGUUCAGGUGUUUGGAAGGUCCAUGACCAGUUCUGUUUCUUUGGAAGGAUUUCCCUCCUAAAAUGUUAUUAUCUCAUCAGAAUGGAAUGAGUCUAAUUAUUCCUUGCUCAGAAUUCUAAUAUCAUUAGAUCUCACUUAGUGAUUUUUUUCCUCUGGAUGAAAUUUUUAGAAAUAUCAUGUGUUUCAUAUUUUGCUAUAUAGCCUAGUCAAUCAUGACAUGAGGCGAGAGCCUUUCUCCCAGUUUUGGAGAUUUUUCUUUUGUGGUGAUUAUAGCACAUGGCUGGUGAAAACUGCUUGUGUCUGUGCUUGUAUGUCUGACCUAAAUCAUGUGGGAAUCAUAAGUUUUAAUUUUUGAACCCUUGAAGUUUUUUCUCAUGUGAUCUACACAUGCUAAAAAGUUACAUGUGACAGAAUAAUUGAACAUAGGGAAGAGAGAAACUGAAGUUAGAAUUUAUUCUUUGGGGAAAUUAAAGUUAUUCAUAUUUGCUAACUAGAUGAAAAAGACAAACAGCAUGACUAUGCCUUUUAAAUCUUAUUUUGGAGUAUUGUUUGCACAUAAUUACUGUGAGCUCUUCUUAAAGAUUUCUUUUCCAUAAGAAAACAUGUCACGUACUGUCUCAUACAUGUCCCUUACUGUCUCAUACAUGUCACAUACUGUCUCAUACAGUCACGUACUGUCUCAUAUAUGUCAAUACUGUCUCAUAUAUGUCAAUACUGUCUCAUACAUGUCACAUACCGUCUCAUACAUGUCACAUGCCGUCUCAUACAUGUCACAUGCCGUCUCAUACAUGUCACAUGCCGUCUCAUACAUGUCACACACCGUCUCAUAAGUCACAUACUGUCUCAUACAUGUCACGUACUGUCUCAUACAUGUCACAUACUGUCUCAUACAUGUCACAUACUGUCUCAUACAUGUCACAUACUGUCUCUACCACACUUUGGGAUGAUUUAGUGCUGUCCAUUUAUCAUAGACUCUCAAGGACAAAUAGUAUAAAAACCAUCAAAUUCUCGCACACCCAAGUAGCACUCUCCUUUGAUCAGAUUGGAAUUACAUGACUUGCCAUCAGACAGGUCUGCCUUUUGUAUCUUCUUCACGUAUCACACACGGGCACCAGGAAGAGGAGUCUAGGUCAGUGGAUUAUAACGCUUAUUUCAUUUUCUGUGUAAACUGUGAGUGCUUGUGUCCAUCCUUCGUAUAGACAGAUUAGAAUGGGUGUUGCAUUUUCUGUGUGAACUGUGAGUGCUUGUGUCUCUCCUCUGUGUAUUGGUAGCUUUCCUGUUUUUGUUUUUUAGUGUUGUAUUGUGGUGCUUAACUUUUCUUCUUAUUAAAUCCCAUUUCCAGAAACCUC